UGUGGAGCCGCAGCCCAGGAUGGGGAGGGCCGGAAAACAGAAAAGGAUUCGCGUUCUUUUUACUCUGUGGAGAGUGAGCCCGCGGACAGUAGCCUGGGCCUCGCCAAGUUCCUUUGUUCUUUGUUUUCUUUAAAUUACCUUUUUUCUUUUUGUCUUAGAAAAUACACAUGGGUGAAAAUGAAACGAGAGCUCCCUAGAGAUCACUCAGAGCUGUUCUCGUGGGUUUUUAACUUCCAGUGGCUCAAGGGUCCACGCUGGCAUCUGGGGUGUGCUCGCACCUGCGAAGAAUCCAGCUUCUAGGGAGCACCGCGAGCUGUUCUUUGUUCAACACGCCAAGAACCUGGACACUCUUCACUGGUAACAUAUUUUGGCAAGCCAGCCAGGAGGUUUUCGAUGUUUGCAUGCAGCCAUCUCUAGAAUGUCAAAUGGUCUCUCUUCAACUGGAAUGGUGAGAAGUGAAACAAAUAUGCGACCAUGAGGACACUGUAACCUAUGGAUGGUGUGCUGAGACUGGAAACCCAAAAUGAUGAAAAGAAUUUCUGCUUGGACACUGCAUAGCUGCUGGGAAAAUGAACAUCAGUGUUGAUUUGGAAACGAAUUAUGCCGAGUUGGUUCUAGAUGUGGGAAGAGUCACUCUUGGAGAGAACAGUAGGAAAAAAAUGAAGGAUUGUAAACUGAGAAAAAAGCAGAAUGAAAGUGUCUCACGAGCUAUGUGUGCUCUGCUCAAUUCUGGAGGGGGAGUGAUCAAGGCUGAAAUUGAGAAUGAAGACUAUAGUUAUACAAAAGAUGGAAUAGGACUAGAUUUGGAAAAUUCUUUUAGUAACAUUCUGUUAUUUGUUCCUGAGUACUUAGACUUCAUGCAGAAUGGUAACUACUUUCUGAUUUUUGUGAAGUCAUGGAGCUUGAACACCUCUGGUCUGCGGAUUACCACCUUGAGCUCCAAUUUGUACAAAAGAGAUAUAACAUCUGCAAAAGUCAUGAAUGCCACUGCUGCACUGGAGUUCCUCAAAGACAUGAAAAAGACUAGAGGGAGAUUGUAUUUAAGACCAGAAUUGCUGGCAAAGAGGCCCCGUGUUGAUAUACAAGAAGAAAAUAACAUGAAGGCCUUGGCCGGGGUUUUUUUUGAUAGAACAGAACUUGAUCGGAAAGAAAAAUUGACCUUUACUGAAUCCACACAUGUUGAAAUUAAAAACUUCUCGACAGAAAAGUUGUUACAACGAAUUAAAGAGAUUCUCCCUCAAUAUGUUUCUGCAUUUGCAAAUACUGAUGGAGGAUAUUUGUUCAUUGGUUUAAAUGAAGAUAAAGAAAUAAUUGGCUUUAAAGCAGAGAUGAGUGACCUCGAUAACUUAGAAAGAGAAAUCGAAAAGUCCAUUAGGAAGAUGCCUGUGCAUCACUUCUGUAUGGAGAAGAAGAAGAUAAAUUAUUCAUGCAAAUUCCUUGGAGUAUAUGAUAAAGGAAGUCUUUGUGGAUAUGUCUGUGCACUCAGAGUGGAGCGCUUCUGCUGUGCAGUGUUUGCUAAAGAGCCUGAUUCCUGGCAUGUGAAAGAUAACCGUGUGAUGCAGUUGACCAGGAAGGAAUGGAUCCAGUUCAUGGUGGAGGCUGAACCAAAAUUUUCCAGUUCAUAUGAAGAGGUGAUCUCUCAAAUAAAUACGUCAUUACCUGCUCCCCACAGUUGGCCUCUUUUGGAAUGGCAACGGCAGAGACAUCACUGUCCAGGGCUAUCAGGAAGGAUAACGUAUACUCCAGAAAACCUUUGCAGAAAACUGUUCUUACAACAUGAAGGACUUAAGCAAUUAAUAUAUGAAGAAAUGGACUCUGUCAGAAAGGGCUCACUGAUCUUCUCUAGGAGCUGGUCUGUGGAUCUGGGCUUGCAAGAGAACCACAAAGUCCUCUGUGAUGCUCUUCUGAUUUCCCAGGACAGUCCUCCAGUCCUAUACACCUUCCACAUGGUACAGGAUGAGGAGUUUAAAGGCUAUUCUACACAAACUGCCCUAACCUUAAAGCAGAAGCUGGCAAAAAUUGGUGGUUACACUAAAAAAGUGUGUGUCAUGACAAAGAUCUUCUACUUGAGCCCUGAAGGCAUGACAAGCUGCCAGUAUGAUUUAAGGUCGCAAGUAAUUUACCCUGAAUCCUACUAUUUUACAAGAAGGAAAUACUUGCUGAAAGCCCUUUUUAAAGCCUUAAAGAGACUCAAGUCUCUGAGAGACCAAUUUUCCUUUGCAGAAAAUCUAUACCAGAUAAUCGGUAUAGAUUGCUUUCAGAAGAAUGAUAAAAAGAUGUUUAAAUCUUGUCGAAGGCUCACCUGAUGGAAAAUGGACUGGGCUAUUGAGAUAUUUUUCAUUUUAUAUUUGAUAACAUUUUCUAAUUCUGUGAAAAUAUUUCUUUGAAAACUUUGCAAGUUAAGCAACUUAAUGUGAUGUUGGAUAAUUGGGUUUUGUCUAUUUUCACUUCUCCCUAAAUAAUCUUCACAGAUAUUGUUUGAGGGAUAUUAGGAAAAUUAAUUUGUUAACUCGUCUGUGCACAGUAUUAUUUACUCUGUCUGUAGUUCCUGAAUAAAUUUUCUUCCAUGCUUGAACUGGGAAAAA